UCGAGUGAGGGCCUCGUUUCUCUCCAUCAUCGAAGUCUCAUCAAUCUCUUCCUCUCUUUUUCCUCCUUUAUCAGCUCCUUCGAGAAAUGAUUAAGACUGUGUUCAAAUUGGACCUGCACGAUGACAAGGCCAAAGGAAAGGCCAUGAAGGAUGUCUGUGGCUUUGAAGAGAUCGAUUUCAUUGGGAUGGACAUGAAAGAGAAAAAGAUGACGGUGAUCGGAUCCGUCAAUCCUCUGAAGGUUUUGAUCAAACUCAGAAAAUUCUGGCCCGCCGAUAUAGUUUCCCUGGGGCCGGUGAAGGCGGAGGAGGCCAAGAAGGAAGAGACGAACGAGCCUCAACAACAAAUGAGAGCAGCGUCGGUCAACCCGUACGCAGCCUACAAUCUGGAGAGGAUAGAAGAGAAUCCAAAUCCUUGUGCCAUCAUGUAAUCAUUAGACGGCAACAGGAGAAGAUUCCAUGGCAAUUUAUGUCCUGAAGAAUCCUUGACAUGAAGUUAGCAUAGGGUCGAGAAGAGUGACAGCGAGUGAAACAAGAAUGCAUUGCUUGCAAGUUUCACCAUGAGAAGUGCGUCGGCCGUGGAAAGAUAUCCUGCGACAUCUCCAACAUGAGCAUUUACAAAGGACUGUA